AUGUUUGGAAACAUUGCACAAAGACUCGCUGGAAAGAACAUUCUUAUUACAGGUGCCUCCACUGGUAUCGGCUACCACACCGCCAAGUAUUUUGCAGAGGCCGCCAAGGGUGACCUCAAGCUCGUGUUGGCUGCAAGAAGAAAAGAAAAGCUCGAGGCAUUGAAGGCCGACUUGCUCAAGGACUACCCUUCGAUCAAGGUUCACAUCGAUGUGCUGGACGUGUCCAAGGUUAACACCAUCGCUCCAUUUUUGAAGUCGUUGCCAGAAGAAUUUGCCAUCGUCGACGUCCUUGUCAACAACGCCGGUAAGGCAUUGGGAUUGGACGCUAUUGGCUCUGUUGACUCUGCGGACGUCGAGGAAAUGUUCGAAACCAACGUCUUGGGUAUGAUCCAGUUGACCCAAUUGGUUGUCAAGCAGAUGAAGGAGAGAAACUCUGGUGAUAUUGUCCAGCUAGGCUCGGUUGCAGGCAGAAACCCAUACCCCGGUGGAGGUAUCUACUGUGCCACCAAGGCGGCAUUGAGAUCCUUCACUCACGUGUUGAGGGAGGAGUUGAUCAACACCCACAUCAGAGUAAUCGAAAUCGAACCAGGUAACGUUGCCACCGAGGAAUUCUCUCUCGUCAGAUUCAAGGGUGACCAGUCCAAGGCCGAGAAAGUUUACGAAAACACCACUCCUCUGUACGGUUCCGACAUUGCUGAGUUGAUCUUGUUUGCUGUCUCCAGACCGGCAAACACCGUCAUUGCCGAAACCUUGGUCUUCGCCACUAACCAAGCCUCGGCCUACCAUAUCUACAGAGGAUCCCUCGACAAAUAA